AUGUGGCCCCUGGAAAAGGUCAUGCAAAGCAUUGCGGGGGAGGCACUGCAGCAGUUGGCCGUCAACGACUGGUUCGAGCAGGUCAACUGGCCCCACGUCCUGGCUGCCUUUGUCUCGGAAUCUGGACAGCUCUUCGCCGGCCGCAGCGAGGAGGAACUGCAACUGGUGGCGGUCCAAGCUGUACAGGGCUGGCGAGAGCACGAGAAGCAGCAGAAGCAGCGGCUGUUUGGUGAUCCAGGUCGUUCAGGAAAGGCGCCAGAACAGACCAAAGAGCUGUUCCCCAAGCGCAGGUUUCAAGGCGUCAAGGUUUCGGCCAAGACGAGGAAUUCUCCUUUGCACUUGGACAGUGGCUACAAGGGGGUGAACUCCAUGCGGGAGCCAAAAGGUGCAAAGGCCUGCGAGAUCGACAUCGAUUUCGGCUUCUUCAAGGAGGUGGACUCGCUGGGCGUGUCCCUGCAGGACCUGCGGGUUGAGUCCACUGUCGUGAAGGGACGAGCAGCAAAUCUCUUGAUGCGGGGGGAUGUCGUAACCUCUGUGAAUGGAAAAAAGGUCGCCACUGACCAGGAAUUCUGGCGAUUUGUGGAGCAAUCAAAGCCGGGACAGUUGAGAGUCUGCGUCUUGCCCAGUGCCUCCAAGAGGCCCAGUCCGGUCGCGACGGCAGAUCCAGGCCUCAUGACUGCAGCAUGCCGCCAGUCCACACGCGAAAAGGGGGUGCCGGAAGUGGACCCGAAAGCUGGGAUGGUGACAGAAGUGGAUCCGAAAGCUGGUAUACUGGAGGUUGAUCCCAAAGCUGGCUCGAGAUCUGACAAGCCCAUGAUUGUUGAUCCCAAAGCUGGCUCGAGAUCUGACAAGCCCGUGAUUGUUGAUCCCAAAGCUGGCUCGAGAUCUGACAAGCCCAUGGUUGUUGAUCCCAAAGCUGGCUCGAGAUCUGACAAGCCCGUGAUUGUUGAUCCCAAAGCUGGCUCGAGAUCUGACAAGCCCAUGGUUGUUGAUCCCAAAGCUGGCUCGAGAUCUGACAAGCCCAUGAUUGUGUUGAACUGCGAGGACAUCGGCACAAGCUUCUUCAAAUGCUCGGGCGAGCGAGGGGGCGACCGACCUUCGCUUCCGUUUCCAUGGGAAGCGGUGAGGUGUGCCAUCAAGUUCUACGAGGACCUCGGUUUCAUGCCACAACCCGUGUGUCAUCAGGCCACAAUGGCUCGACAUCCUCCGCCGGAGAGGCUGAGGGAGAAGUUGAUUCAAUGUCCUGUCGUGGAUGAUGACGGGCGUCUACAAGGCCGUGGUUCAGAUCGGAUCUUUGUCAUCACCUUGGCAUCGACCUACGAUUGUCCCUUUGUUGACAAUAGCAACUACCGGGAACAGGUGUGGAAUGGCCACGAACUCUGGCCCUGGUUGCAACAAGAAGGACUGGCAUCGAAGGCUGGAGAUCAGCAGGAGAUGGUUUUUUAA